AUGCUCUGUGCCAGUCAGGCAGCCUUCUAGGAGCGUACACGGGCGUGCCAACUCCCACGUGACAAAUGAAGGCGUGUCUUGUGUCAAAGGUCAUGUCCGACACGUGAGCGACAGCAAGAUGGCCACCAUGAAAGUUAAAGAGAAGAGACGUCUAAACAAAAUGGCGGGUGGGGGUCAGGGGGUGUCUGAUGACGUCAGGAUGUUGAUGGAGAGCGGAAAAAACGUAAGCAACAACAGCCACAGUCAAAACGAGGCUGAGUUGUCUUCGGAGGAGAGGAAAAGGAACAUCGAGGCAACACAGAGGCCGAUGGAAGAAAAUGUCAUACAGAGGCCGAUGGAAGAAAAUGUCAUACAGAGGCCGAUGGAACAAAAUGAUUUACAGAGGCCGAUGGAACAAGAUGUUGGCAUUACCCAGAAGCCAAUUCACAUAAAAGAAAACAUCACACAAAAGCCCAUUCACAUAAAAGAAAACAUCUACCCAGAACAAGAACUAGCACUGACAUGUCCUCAAAAAGCUCAAGACACCCUGAUGGAACCCCCCACACAACCCCACACCCCCUCACACCCUCAACACGUCACCGACAUCAACAUCAACCAAAGCAAAGGCGGGCCCAGCAGCCAUGAAGCGAAAACCCCCAGCAUCGACCGGAAGUACCAUCAGCUCGUCCACCAACCAAACGCUCACCUCGCUACAGCUGCUCCAACCACUCCCCAACAAGGCGCUUAUCUCCAUGGAAAAUCCCCGACGCGCGCGUCAGAAACGAACCGGCAUUUUCCGGAAGGGGAAUUAGUCGGCGGAGGUCGCGACGACAAAGGAAACAGGUCCAGGGCGUCAAUAUCCAAUCACAUAGGGGGCGCUAAAAGCUGCCCGGGCGUGGGCGCCGCUGGGGUGUCACGUGAGCUCAGCGAGCUGGGGGAAAACGUGACCCAGUCAGACGACACCUCGGACUUCGAUGACCCUGACCACACAACCGUGACCGGCUCCAGCUCCGAGUGGUGGGGCGGGAGUCAGGUGACCAGCGACGGAUCACGUGACGCCGUCAACACAGCCAUCCCUGCACAGGACUGUCAGUUAAAAACGGAUGCGAAGAUUCUUGAUGAGCAAGACACCCCAAAGCUCCAAAUGGAACCGCUGUACAGUGGGCACCUCGCGGGGUCUCAGGAAGUAGCAGAAGUCCUGGAACAAAAGAAAGCAGCCGACAGCGCCUGGAAGUGUUGCCAGAACAACCUCACAUCGAAGAAAAAUCACGUGACUUUCAAGACGGGGUCUCGCUUCGCUGCGAGCUCCGAAUUUGAUAUAGGUAAUUUCUUCUGGAGGGAUAAAAAUCCUGAAGAGUUCGACCUCCCUCGUUAUAAACAAAAACUAGACAAACCUCCGAUUUUUUCAAGAUUUUUCAACGCUAAACCCGAGCAUGAAGUCUCAGCAGAGAGCCCUUCGCCUGAAAACAUUGAGCUUAUCGAAGUGGAGGUGGAGCCUCAGCCUCAAAUCGAGGCUGGCGAGACCCGGAAGAUGAACCCACCGCGUAGGGGGCGUUCGAGAAACUCGUGGAGCACCGCGGAGUCGGUGAUUGAAUUGGUGUCGGCUAGCAUGAACACAAGCUUCGACCCGGCUAUUCAGAGACCAUCUAGCGCCAAGCUGAAUAGCCGGACGUCUAGCGCGAGGCUGAAUAGCCGGACGUCUAGCGCGAGGCAGACAAACAAGGAAGGCAGCACGAAUGAACUCAUCUCAUGUAGCCUGCAGAUUAAUUCCUCCGUGUUUAGCAAACGCUCUGAUGUAAAAAUAAUCGAUAAAACAUUGCCGAGUGAUACAGGAAAAGAUCAAAUAAUUCAUAAUGAGACGUCGAGGUCAAGAAGUUCAAAACUUCUUAAAAUAAACGAAGAAGAGUCAAAAAGUAAAUUAACUUGCGUGACCGAGUCUAACGACAGUUUUCUACAAGAAAACUGUGACCAAACACACUUUAAAAACGGCGUUCAAACUUUAACAACGCCAGAAGCGUACAAGUUAGAAGAUAGUAAACAUAAACAGAUGAGAAGCGAUUCGAGAAAUGAUUCAGUGCUGUGGAACAAAUCCCGUAAGUCCACAAACUCUGCCAGCAGCAUGUCCAAGGUAAUGAUGCGAUCUGAAAGUGCGCAGAUCUCCAGAUUCUCUCUUGCAGACGAUCGUCAACAAAGAGAGAUCAACUGGCCAAUCAACGACCGGGAAAAACUGUCACCUGACGCACCGGCCGCCAUGAAAAACCAAGACCGUUUUCCGAGCCUCGGAACUGAAGGUCAAGGUGAAGCAGGCCGCGACAACACCUCGACGAAAAUGUCAACCGAGGUUUUCUUCCAGUCUAAAAGUGUCCAGAAUUCAUUUUGUGAAACUGUAAAAAGUAAGACAAGCUUCAGGCCGCCGUGUGAGAAUAUUUCCGAGGAGGGGACUUUACCCGUGGGUGAGUUCAGGUCCGUCAGCAUGGGUGACGACACCAUCCGAGCGUCCUUGACCUCGAUGUCAAACGGUCCCCAGCGCAGCCAGCCAGGCUCGCGGGCGUCACGGUUAAGCCAAGCCCCGCCCCCUUCCGUACAGCCACCAAUCGUCACGGAUCAAAGAAUCGCGCGUCCACUGCGCUUCCAGACUAACAAGCUGCCACAAACGAAAUCAAGUUCUGAUAAAACUUCCUACAGCACUGGCUCUCGCUCUAAACACAAAACGUCGUACCCCACGGGAACUACCUCGCUUCAAAACAUGGCCUCUGUCUGUGUACAAUGUUCUAGCGGGGAAUUAAAAACCAGUUUUUCCGAUCCCGUGGUUUCUGUUGACAAAAUGCAGUCCGAUGGCGUACAGUGCCACCUGGAGCCGCUCAGCUCUAUUUCAUUUCUGACACCUUUAGACAUGAAACUGUACACUGCAAGCGGCACGUAUUCGGAUAAAGAAUCGAGUUACCAUUCUGAUACGUGUGGUCAGAUGAAGGACAAUUCAACCAGUGGCCGUAGUGGUGUUCUUCAGGUAAAAACUCUAGAACCAGCCAGAACUUUGAGCAUCCAGUGUCAAAGCCAAGAUUUUGUUUCCUCGUCUAUCGUAACAGUGGAUGCAUCAAGUCAGGAUAAAGUUCCAGAACUUGGUAGAACUUUGAGCGUCCAGUGCCAAAGCCAAGAUUUUAUUCCCUCCUACAGCCUCAGAGCUACACGCACAAGUCUCCACUCAGACGAUGCACAAGACGAGACGUCCCCGUGGUCAACUUGUGGUCAGUUCACAGCAAUAGGUCAAAGGUCGACCCUCACGACCUUACCCCCACAGAAAGAAAUUCUACUGAACAACUUAAGCAUUCAAUGUAGCAGCGCAGACUUCCCGUCAGAUCUAGCUGUUCUGACUGGGGACUGUAUACCUGAAACUACAAGCACAAACUUAGAGACAAACCUCUACCAACUAUCAGAAAAAACGUCAGAAAAAGUUGCGAAUCUACUUUCCGAAACCACAGGUUAUACGUUGAAAUCCACAAACGCUGAAAGUGAAAGUACAUCCGCGUUGCCGUACGUUAACGAAACGACAACACAGACCAGUUUUUACCGGAGCACCACCACUACAACUGCGCAUGCGCGAGAAUCUGCGCUCGUUUCCCUUUCCAACACAACAAACCAAUCAACGAAAAUGGAAGAAAAAUACAUCAAGGGUACAAGCGGUAGCGAUUUUACAGCGGAGAAAGAAAAAACGAAAACACAAACAAGUGAAUACAAGUCCACAAAUGAAAAACUCAAACUACAAUCUUCUUUGAAAAGCGUGAAGUCACAUUCACAAAUGGAAGAAUUAAAAUCAAAUUUAACAACAGAAGCUCAUGAAUUACCUUGUAAUGACACCAAACUGAUAUCGACCUCGCUUACAGAACAGCAUGGAUCUAAAACGAGUAUCAUCAAGUCAACAGAUGCCGAUAGAAAAACAACCAACGCUGAAAAUGACACCGAUACAAGCGUUAAGAAAGAUGAUCUGUUUAAAUUGCCAGAGAGAACACACAUUCCUCUGUCGGUAGAUACAAGUGUUAAAGAAUCUCUAGCCACAACCAGAGAAACUGCGGCCGAUAAGAUUCUACCAGUCCCCCUCCCCGGGGUACACACCUCCCUGUUUGAGAUCAGCGACACAGCGGAUAGGAGAGUACACCUAUCCCAGCUAGAACCGCGGCUGUCUCUCCCAGCUAUAGGCGCAGCUAGAUCCUCAGAAGAAGGUCGAGAUCUUUCUUCGCGCGCACCCCAACUCAAUCUUCCCGCGCUGACUGGGGUCAGGCCUGUAGACUCACACCUGAACCCCAAAGAGCUGACCCCGAUCCCCGGCGAUCCCAACAGCGAAGACCAACGUGAGAGGCUACGUCAGCUACGGCUGGCGUUUUUCUGCAACCGUAAACAAGAAACAGCAGAGCAGGCAGACGACAACGCAGCCGUUCCGUCCUCCACGGAAUCUGACAACGGAAGUUCGCAAACGAAAACUCCGCGAACGUCCAUGAAGAAAAAGCAAAGACACGUCAAAUCUAAAAUGUUCAAAACGGGUCAUAAAUUCGCCAAUUUGACAAACGUACCAGAGGAUGAUAUCAUAUCUACCACCCAAGCGCCGGUUGUUUCUAACUUCGCUGUGGAAGAUGACCAAGGGUUUGGGUUACGAAGAAGUUGGGUUAGUGAAAAGACGGACCCAAGUUCAGUCCACGAUACACUGGCUACUUUCGACGAUACUUUCGUCAAAGUUAAACAUGGAGAUGAAGACGGCAACGACACCAGUACAGGAAACUUCAACCAGAGACGUGACGUCAAGGAAAUCCAUAGCGAUGACGUCUGCAACACGCUUGAUGACGUAGAGGCGAUCUCCUCCGUCAACGAUCAAAUGGAAGCGGUGAAAUCGGUGAAUAAAAUUUUCGAGCUGUUGGGUUCAGCUGAGAUUCGAACCGAAUCCACUUGUUCAGCGUGGGAAGGAACUAUCCAAGAACCACUCGUUCAGAAGACCGAGGGGUUGAAAGCAGACGUGAAAAUCCAUGUCUUAGAGCAGAAGUCUGGCGCUCGAGGCAGCGGCGAGGGUGGGGAUGCCUUCUCUGUGGGCGGGCUACCCUGUUUGGAGAAGCCGUUUCCUGGGAACUGGAUCGUUCCACUUACAGAAACCACAGUGUGCCAAGUGGCUCAGGGGGGAGAAGGGAUGGGCGGGGAUGAUAUGGGGGAGGAGGAAAAGUACGAAGAGAAGGGGGGAGAAGAGGAAGAGAAAGGUGGGGAGGAAAAAGAUGAAGAAGAGAGAGUAGAGGAAGAGAAAGAUGAGGAUGAAAAGAGAGAUGACAACGAAGUAGAAACCAUUCCGCUACCGAGACCGUCGCACCCGGAAGACGAAUUCGAAAGAACCCUUGAAGACUACAACAGGCUGUCCAACGAAUACCCAAACCCAGACGACAAUACCUGGAAAGCAGACGACGAACCGAAGAAAGGGGGUGAACAGAUCGAAGCAGACGACUCCUUAAUAUUCACAGCACCCACUGGCCCGUCUAUAAAUGUCACUGACGAGAAGGAAGAUGAGGAACUAGUCCGCAGUAAAUCGAACAUUCUACGUGUUUCCCAAGCGUUCGAGCAGUUGUUGAUGUUGACGCUUGGAGAAGACGAUCAAACCAACGACGGCAGAAAAUCAGGAGCGGCGAAGAGCGAGGGGGUGAAGAAAGGGCGGAAACGGGAGCCCAGCGACAGUGUCGACAUGCCGAGCGAGGCGGAAACCGAGACCAGAGCUGGAGGUGACAAAUUCAGAAAGGCAACAAAGAGGAAGAACUCUCGCGGAUUUCAAUCUCCAAACGGCGACGAUAAGGGAGGCAACCAAACCAAACUCGUAAAAAAACAGAAGGAAAGGGGCACAAUUUUACCGCCCCGAGUUCUGGCCGAAAGUUUUUACUACCCCCACUCGAACACCAUCAAUGUUGUCGUCAAACCCAUCAACGUUCAGAUGGAUAAAGAUAAUAUCAACGUCAAGG